AUGGCUGACGAUCUAGCCGCAAAAUCUUCAAAAUUAAACAUAGAAGAAGACGAGAAUACUGUUAUUGAUCUUGGUAGUGAUGAUAAUCGAAUCCUGGACGCAAAAACUUCUCUUAUGCUCGUAGGAAAAAUUGUUUCGGAAAGGACCGUGAAUCUUGAGGCCUUAAGACGUACCAUGAACCAGAUCUGGGCUCUAAAUAGGAGUAUGAUAGUCCGUUCGAUUGGUGUCAAUCUGUUUGUCUUUCAAUUCUUUCAUUGGAAAGACAAGGAGAAAAUCCUUGCUGGUCGCCCGUGGUGUUUCGAUGAAAAGUUGUUGUUACUGGAGGAAGUACGAGGCAAUGAACAACCAUCACAAGUUGUAAUCGUUUCUUCUCCUUUCUGGGUAUGGAUCUAUAAUUUGCCUUUUAACUAUCGCUCUAAGACAGAAGUUUCUGCCAUAGCGGGUUCCCUGGGACUCGUGCUUAAUAUUGAUCUUGAUGAUCUUGGUCUGGAGAAGUUUUGCCGGGUGAAAGUGUUGUUAAAUGUCUACAAACCAUUGCGGAGGAAACAGAAGAUUAGGAGGAAGGAUGGCAAGGUAUCUUCGAUUGAAUAUAAGUAUGAAAGGCUACCCAACUUUUGUUUUCGAUGUGGUGUCAUGGGCCAUAGUGAUAAGGAUUGUCAUGAUGCCACAUAUGAUGAGGAUGAUCAGGAGCUAGGGUGGGGGACUUGGUUGAAGGCGUCCCCUCUCAAGGGGAGGCUACGAAAUAAGGAAGAAGUGGUGGCAAUCACCACUAGAAGAAAAGCCCUUUUUGUGAUUAAAGAGGCUAGAGGUGAUGAUGGUCUACAAUAA